AUAACCUUUCAAAUCCCCGCGAUCAUUCAUUCAUUUGCUACAUCCAUGGCGUCUACAUUCGUUCGACAUGGCAAGAAAAUAGUCGCCAUCGGAAGAAACUACUCCGAACACAUCAAAGAGCUGGCCAAUACCGCUCCGAAAGAACCCUUUUUCUUCAUCAAGCCUACCACAAGCUACCUCCCGUCUGGCGGAAAAUUGGAGCUGCCUAGAGGCAUAAUUGCUCAUCAUGAGGGUGCGUCCACACGUCUUCCACUGUCCCCAAUUACUGAGCUGUUUCCGAAAUCAGUUGAGCUCGGUAUUGUCAUCGGGAAUGGUGGCCGUGAUAUUUCCCAAGCAAACGCCGAGUCGCACAUAGCUGGCUAUGCCUUGGCCGUGGACAUGACCGCCAGAAACCUCCAGGAUCAAGUCAAGAAGCGCGGUCUCCCGUGGUCUGCAGCAAAGGGCUUUGAUACAUUCACUCCCAUAGGAUCUUUCGUUCCCAAAGACAAAGUUCUUGAUCCCCAUGACCUCCGACUAUCCCUCAAGAUCAAUGGAGGCAUCAAACAAAAUGGGACGACUGCCGAUAUGAUCUUCCGUAUUCCUCGUCUCAUCGAACAUAUCUCGUCUAUCAUGACUCUUGAGGAAGGUGACUUGGUUCUAACCGGUACACCUUCUGGCGUUGGUCCGGUAUCGCCCGGCGACAAAGUGGAAUGUCUUUUGGCGGACCCAUCAGGGAAAGCCCUCUCUACGUUAGACUUCCUCGCCAUCGCUCGAGACGGUGGUUAUGAAUUCAAACCCGAGUAAGGUAGGGGCCUGGCAAGCCAACUUUAUUGUACGCUCGCCGAACACGUAUAUCCAGCCUGGGACUAUCUGGCAGGACUUGCUCUAGACCAAUCAAUGAAAUUACCACGUACUAUUCGUUGUAUGCGUUCAUUCAACUACCAGGGGAAGCCAAGCCAAAACAUGCACAUCGCGGUCCAUUUCCACGUCGGGACAGCUCAUCCCCUCGUACCUUGGCUACCGUCCGACGAACUGCUCUACGAAAUGUCAUCUCUCGAAAUCUGACAUCACAGAAGAUAAUCACAAAAAUCCCGAGUAUUUACCGCCUAUGGCUCGCUAA